GCCACUUUCUCUCUUUCCUCUACUGUCCUCGCCCUCUGUCGACUAUCAGGUGGGCCUUGACCCAGGAUGGCUGAGCCCCGCCAGGAGUUCACUGUGAUGGAAGAUUCUGAUCUCCCCUCCCAGGGGGGCUACACCCUCCUGCAAGACCACGAGGGGGACGUGGACCACGGCCUAAAAGAGUCUCCCCUGCAGACCCCUGCUGAUGAUGGAUCUGAGGAACCGGGCUCUGAAACCUCGGAUGCUAAGAGCACGCCGACGGCCGAAGACGUGACAGCACCCUUAGUGGAUGAGGGAGCCCCCAGCGAGCAGGCGGCCGCUCAGCCCCACACGGAGAUCCCAGAAGGAGCCACAGCUGAGGAAGCAGGCAUCGGAGACAUGCCCAACCUGGAGGACCAAGCUGCUGGACACGUGACUCAAGAAAUGGAGUCUGGGGUUGUCAAGGUUGUCCAGGAGAGCUGCCCCGGGGAGCCAGGGCACCGUGGAGGUGAGGCCGCCGACCCAGGCACCCUGGGUCUGACAGGCCAACGUGUGUCCUACACACCUGAGGCUGCCAUCGAGCCUGACGGCCUCAGGAAGAUCACAUGCCAGCCUUCGGAGACAGAACCUGAGGACGCAGAGGCAAGUCGCCAUGGCUUGGGGCCGCUGGAGCACCAGCUUGUGGGAGACCUGCACAAGGAGGCGCCCCCUCUGAAGGGGGACCAUGGCAAAGAGAGGCAGAGGGGCAAGGAUGUCGACGAAGACCGCGAUGUGGACGAGUCCUCGCCCCAGGACUCCCCUCCCUCCCAGGUCUCCCCAGGUCUUCAGAGCUCCCCCACCCGAGGUGGGCCACCCCCCCACCCCGCAGUUUCCAGAGGAGCCACUGGCUUCCCCAGUUUCCCAGGCGAGGGUGCCAUCCACCUCCCUGUCGAUUUCCUCUCCGACGUCUCCACAGAGAUCAAGGCCUCAGAGCCCCACGGGCCCAGUGCAGGGCCCACGGUGGAACGUCAGGACACGCCCCCCGAGUUCACCUUCCACGUGGAAAUCAAAGCCAACGUGCAGAAGGAACAGGGACAGUCAGAGCUGGAUUUGGAAGGGACUGCCCUCCCAGGGCCCCCCGGAGAGGAGCAAGAACCCCAGGGCCCUUCUGGGGGAGAGGACACAAAAAAGACUGACCUUCCAGAACCCUCUGGAAAGCAGCCUGCCACUGUUCUGCCAGGGAAGCCUGUCAGCCGGGUCCCUCAACUCAAAGCUCGCAUGGUCAGUAAAGGCAAAGAUGGGACUGGACCCGAGGACAAAAAAGCCAAGACAUCCACACCUUCCUCUGCUAAAACCCUGAAACCUAGGCCUUGCCUUAGCCCCAAACGCCCCACUCCUGGUAGCUCAGACCCUUUGAUCAAACCCUCCAGCCCUGCUGUGUGCCCAGAGUCAUCUUCCUCUCCUAAACACGUCUCUUCUGUCACACCCCGAACUGGCAGUUCUGGAGCAAAGGAGAUGAAAGUCAAGGGGGCAGACGGUAAGACCGGAACGAAGAUCGCCACCCCGCGGGGAGCGGCCCCUCCAGGCCAGAAGGGUCAGGCCAACGCCACCAGGAUCCCAGCGAAAACCACGCCCUCCCCAAAGACCCCGCCGGGCACCGCUACCAAGCAAGUGCAGAGAAAACCACCCCCUGCGGGGGCCAAAUCCGAGCGAGGUGAAUCGGGGAAAUCCGGGGAUCGUAGCGGCUACAGCAGCCCCGGCUCCCCAGGCACUCCUGGCAGCCGCUCCCGCACCCCAUCCCUGCCAACCCCGCCCACCCGGGAGCCCAAGAAGGUGGCUGUGGUCCGCACUCCACCCAAGUCGCCGUCUUCGGCCAAGAGCCGCCUGCAGACCGCCCCCGUCCCCAUGCCAGACCUGAAGAAUGUCAGAUCCAAGAUUGGCUCCACGGAAAACCUGAAACACCAGCCAGGAGGCGGGAAGGUGCAGAUAAUUAAUAAGAAGCUGGAUCUUAGCAACGUCCAGUCCAAGUGUGGCUCAAAGGAUAAUAUCAAACACGUGCCAGGAGGCGGCAGUGUGCAGAUAGUGUACAAGCCAGUGGACCUGAGCAAGGUGACCUCCAAGUGCGGCUCGUUAGGCAACAUCCAUCAUAAGCCAGGAGGCGGCCAGGUGGAAGUCAAGUCGGAGAAGCUGGACUUCAAGGACAGAGUCCAGUCGAAGAUUGGGUCCCUGGACAACAUUACCCAUGUCCCUGGCGGAGGGAAUAAAAAGAUCGAAACCCACAAGCUGACCUUCCGCGAGAAUGCCAAAGCCAAGACCGACCACGGGGCGGAGAUCGUGUACAAGUCGCCCGUGGUGUCCGGGGACACAUCUCCGCGGCACCUGAGCAACGUGUCCUCCACGGGCAGCAUCGACAUGGUAGACUCGCCCCAGCUCGCCACGCUAGCCGACGAAGUGUCCGCCUCCCUGGCCAAGCAGGGUUUGUGAUCAGGCCCCCGGGGCGGUCAAUAAUCGUGGAGAGAAGAGAGUGUGGAAAAAAAAAGAAUAAUGAUCUGGCCCUUCGCCCUCUGCCCUCCCCCAGCUGCUCCUCACAGACCGGUUAAUCGGUUAAGCACUUAACCUGCUUUUGUCACUCAGCUCUGGCUCGGGACUUCAAAAUCAGUGACGGGAAAAAGAGCAAAUUUCAUCUUUCCAAAUUGGUGGGUGGGCUCAUAAUAAUAAAAUAUUUUUAAAAACAUUUAAAAAGAUGGCCACACCCAACAUUUCCUUGGGCAAUUCCUUUUGAUUCUUUUUUUUUCCCCUCUGAGUAGAAGAGGGUGGAGAGGCUCCGUAAGCUGCUUCUGGGGCAUCUCAAGGGACUGGGGCGCCCCUCUCUGCCCCAUCCUGGGGGUGUCACAGAGGCAGCGGCAGCAACAAAGGAUUUGAAACCUGGUUCCGUGUUGGAGCUGUGGACAAUGUCAGCCUUGUAGCGGGGGAGGGGAGGGAAGGGGAGCCCUGGGAGAGCCUGGGUGGGGGGAGGGAGAGGGCAACAGGGAGAGCAUGGGAGGGGGUGACAGGGGCUUGGUGGGGAGGAGCCGCUGCCCUCGGCCAGAAAGGGCAGCAGGAAGGGCAAACUGCAAACUUGGACCAAGUGGCCUCCUGUGCUUGGUGGCCCCGGGUCUGCUGCGGGUCAAUGUGCCACCCUCUGGAGAAAGGCUCCGGUUCUUCCCCUAUACCACGAAGGGACGGUGGUGGGAGGAGGUGGCCGUUUGGCGGGAGGGUGGCAACUCGCGGAUCACUUCCUCGAAGACUGACCUUGAUGUCCCCAGUGCUGGCCUCUUUCUCCCUCCCUGCAGGGUGGGGGUCCUGAGCUGAGGGGCUCCCCUUGGCCCCACGGAAACCCUGUUUUAUUGAGUUCUGAAGGUUGGAACUGCAGCCACGAUUUUGGCCACCUCACCGAUCUGGGACUUCAGGGCUAACCGGUUCUCUUUGUAAGGACUCGUGCCUCCUGGGGGCAUCCGCCUGCUCCCCAGCCUGGGCCUCUGGCAUCUCUGGGUGUGCGGGGCUCCGGCGGGUGGGUCCUGAGCCUCCUGUCCCUCCCACGGCCACUGCAGCCACCUGUCUCCCCCACUCCCCACUGCCCGCCAUGCCCGUGUGUCUGCUGUGCGGAGCCCAGUCACUGCCUGUCCCCUUCAUCGUGUCACAAUGUCCCGAGUCCCCAGCCUCACCACGCCCCUUCUCAGCAAUGGACGUUGUUCAGAUGCGGGAGGCACCUGCUCUCAUCUGAGGGGUGUGAGUGAGUGAAGGCAAAGCCCAGGCACACGGUGAGACCGAGGUCUCUUGGUUUAAGCUCUGCUCACCAACUGGUGUGUCCCCCACGAACCCGAUGACCUUCCUCAGUUCCUUAUCCCCCACCUCUCCUCACAGACGUGAGCCCAGGUGGGCUCAGGGAGGACCCGGGAUGUUUUUGCCUUGUUUACUUGGAGAGCCUUUUCCUCCAUGAGGGUCUGGCCCCCCUCCUGAGCUGAGCUGGCAGCAAGCCGGCUGUCCCAGUUCCAGAGGUGGCACCAGGACAGGCAGGUGAGGCCCCCUGGGCAGGACCACACCACACACACACACCCCCGCCCACUUCCACCCAAGCUCACGACUGCCAGCCUCUGAGAGAGCCCCGCCACCGCCCGACCCCCGUGCGGACCCCCGGAAGGGGAGCACGCCCCCUCGGAAACGGUCUGUCCCCCCAGCCCAGCUGGAAGCAGUGCCGACCGUCUGUCCUGCCGGAGCAGCUGAACAUAUACAUAGACGUCGCCUUUCCCUCCCCGUCUGCAUCCUGUCGCCUUGUAGUCGGAUCUGUUUAUGCUCGGAUUCACAGAGUGACUAUGAUCAUGAAAAGGAAAAAAAAAAAAGGACGCAUGUAUCUUGAAAUGCUUGUGAAGAGGUUUCUACCCCACCCCGUGGGGGUCCUAGAUGUCUCCCCUCCUACACACACACUGGGGCCCGGCUCCAGGGGACCAGUGUGUUUCUACCCUGCUGAGGCCUCCUGAUUGGAAAGGCUUUCACAGCCUCUGGGACCCACACAAGACCAGAUUGUGACAUCCGAGGACCCUCAGCUUCAAGGAAGGCCUGGAGCACAGCUACGGCGCCCCCUCGCAGCCCCUGCCGGGGUUUCCCUCUGUCAGGGCGGAGAGCGGCGGAUCUCCAGGCUGGCCUGGUUUGCAGCAGGAAGGUGGCCCUCUCUGGUCCCAGCCAGAAGCCCCCAGCAACCCUGAGGGGAUCUCGGGAUCCAGUACCAGCCGGGGAGAGGCCCGCAGCCCCUCCUCAGCCCGGAGUCCUGGGGCAGGCAGCCCGGGUCUCCCCACUGCAUCCCCACAGCCACGGCAGGGAUUGCGCCCACCCUGGAGCAGUCCUGGGAGCCUGAGUCGCCCGACUGCAGAGGGGGGACCUGGCCCGAAGUCUCGGUGGGAGCCCCGCUCGCCCGGCACAGGGAAAGGGAACCGCCUUUGUAGAAAAUCGCUUUAGAGAAAUUCAGCAACCUCGGGCCCAGUCUCAGGCAGCCCUGGGGGCUGGGGGAGUGAAGGGCCGCCUCUCCAGGGCCCAGGGCUUCGUUUGCAACCAGGUUUCCGUGCAAGGAAUCAUCUGGACCCGGAACUGACCACUGUGAGGCUCUCCAUCGCUCUGAGUCCCAGCUGUCCUUAGAAGGGUCCUGAGGAAGAGAAGGGAAAUGCGGUUCAGAGUUGGUAGCUCUUAGACACACGGCCCCUCCUUGUGGCCACGGCCUCCGGCCGCCCAUGCUGCAGUUGCUGAGCCUGCUCUGAUACCUUAUUCCUAGGGCCUUGCUCACAGGGCCCUCAGUCUCCCUGGUGGGAUGGACUACUGGGGACGGCCUAGACAGCACGGUUUAGGGUGAUCGGGCCAGUGCUGGCCGGGAGACUGCGAAGGGAUGCUGGCUUGUGACCUUGAAUGAGGACAAUCCACCCCACCCCAAUCCACCCCUGCUUCAGGGCUGGGCACUCUGCCACCCUCAUUGCCCCCACCUCCACGGUCAGUGUCCCUUAGGUGGGCUAGACAGGCUGUGCUGUACGCCUGGUCCCUUUGAGCCCUCCACUCACUUAUCAGUAGUUCCAUUUAAAUUGACUUCAAUGCGGAGACUGUAUCCUGUUUGCUUGUCGUGCUUCUGGGGGGAGGGGGGAGGAGCCUGUAAGAUAGUUACCAAGGGCAGAGGGAAGUCUUGGAGGGUAGCAGUUCAACCGCCUUGUAACCCUUUCCUUCAGAUCACCCACGGUUUGCUAGAGGUCCCUGGGGUUUCACCUCUCCCCUGCCAGGUUUCCCCGAGUGCAGCAGGCGGCCGGCUCGCGCCGUCUCCCGCCCAGCCCAGUGCAGGCAGCAAGGCUCACGGAGGAGCCUGGAUAUACAACUGCCCUCUCAUGGGGCCCCUAGGCCCCCAGCCCUGCCUCCCAGACCCUGGCAUCCUUCCAUCUAAGCCACUGGCACCUCCGUGCCACCUUUCCCGCCAGCUCUGGCCGCGCAGCCUGUCCUCCUGGCAGCUGCAAGUGUUCCUCCUUCACCCUCUUCUAUCUUGUCCCCAAGUAGACCCAACAAGGUGGGGACGAAGGUGGAGGUGGAGGUGGUCAGCUUGUCCCAUCUACCGGCUUGUGGCUUUGAGACUUCUGGUUUCUCUUCAGCUUCGAAAAGGGUUACCCUGGGCACUGGCCUGGAGUCACCCCUCCUAAUGGACUUUGCCCUGUGAAUUUGCAGUGUUGGGCAGGACAAUUUCUGG